AUGACAGCCCUGAGAGGGCUCUCUGGCCGGAAGUGGCCCCCGGCGGGGGCCGCUUCCGCUUCCCGCUGGACGCUAGUUCCGCUUCCCGGCGCGCAGCCCCUCCGCCAGUGCGGCGCCAUGGCCGGUAUCAAAGCCCUGAUCAGCCUGUCCUUCGGGGGAGCCGUCGGCUUGAUGUUCCUGAUGCUGGGAUGCGCUCUUCCCCAGUACAACCAGUACUGGCCACUGUUUGUUCUGUUUUUUUACAUCCUUUCUCCUAUCCCAUACUGCAUAGCAAGAAGAUUGGUAGAUGACACAGAUGCUACAAGUAAUGCCUGCAAGGAGCUAGCAAUAUUUCUUACAACAGGCAUUGUUGUCUCAGCAUUUGGGCUGCCGAUAGUGUUUGCAAGAGCAGAACUGAUUUACUGGGGUGCAUGUGCACUUGUUCUUACGGGGAAUACGGUCAUCUUCGCCACAAUCCUAGGAUUUUUCUUGGUCUUUGGCAGCAAUGACGACUUCAGCUGGCAGCAGUGGUGAAAGGAAGAUAAGAGAACUAUCCCAGGCAUCUUCUCAUGCAGUGGCCAUCCAUACAAAUGAGAGAAUGGGCAAUAAAGAGAAGUAGCAUAGCAAGCCUCUUGAGUAUUCUAGAUGCUCCUUUUCACCUUGUUCGUUCUGAGUGUACUACUGUUGCUGACAAGGUUUCUACAUUUUUAUGAAGCGGAGAGAUUAUUGGUUUCAUUUUUACCUAUGGUAUGUUUUUAGGUGCUCUCUUUGUUUAAAAUUGUCAUCCUUCUGUCCGGUGUUUAUGUGAAGCUUUAAAUCUGGAACAAGAACAUUUAGACAUGGUUUCAAAGAAGACUUAAAGUUGGGGAUUUUUUUUUUAAGUUAAGCAUUAAUACUGUGUUUCAAAAUAACUUUUUUUUUUAAUACAGUGAUUAAAUUAUGUACAAGCUGAACUGAGGUAAGAGAUUGUGCACCACUAUUGUCAAUUACCAGAUCAACAGAUUGUUGUUAUAUUUCAGCAGAGGCAAGGCGGGGCGGGGAGUACCAGUUGCAGAUUUUUAUUCUGCCCAUACCUCAAACUGGGUGAUGAAUGUUGACAGCCUUCAUUUCAGGAGAAGGCUGAAGAGCAGGUAGAGUUAUUUGGGAGAAGUCCUAAAUUUUAACAGUGCUAGCACUUUUACCUGCUUUGUUAUCAGUUCUUGCGUGGAUGUGACAUUCAAAUACUCUGUAAAUGUAUUGAUGCUAUGACAUAUAAAACUAAAGUGUAUUGUAGGGGAAGGGAAAAUUAUGUUUAAAUUCCAUUUUUAAAAAAAAAUCUUUUGAACUCUUUCUAUUUAUAAGUAUUGUAUGGUUUUGAACUUUUAUGUCAACUUUUUACCACAAAGAUGGUAAAAUGUUCAUUUAUGGAACUACUGGUCUACGUUAAUUUGAAGCAUAUACAAAGCUAUUUCCUCCUUACCCUUUUUAAUUUAUUUUAUACAUAGUAUAUAUAUAUAUAAAAAAAUAAACCAGCUUUUCAAAUGUAGAUUAAAACUUUGUGUUAAACUUGCUUAAGAAUGACUUUUAUUUUUUUUUCCCC